UCAGGCCUGCUGUUUCUCUUAUGGCUAUAGAUGUUGAGAUGGAGAACAAAUGUAUUCAACGUACCUGAUCGUUCUCCGGACAACACGGUACAAUACGGAUUCGCUUGUUUGAUUACAAUCAGUGGUUUGGUAGCUGUCUGGUGGACGCGUAUGCGUUAUGACAGAGAGAAUAUGUCCUCGUCAUUGGAGAACCCAAGAUCGUAGGCGGCAUGCGCACAAUGUUCCAAAGUUGCGUAUAGUGUGUGGCUGGAUUCCCCAGCAAAGUGUAAACCACUGCGGAAGCUGUUCACGCGACCAAAGAACAGUCUUGUGAUUCACGGAUCGAGCGUGUGCAGCCUGGAUUCAUAAACCGGACAACGGCUAUAUUAAGAUCUGGAAAGAGGAUUAGCGAAAUCGAUCUUGAGAAAUCGACCUUGAUCAGCCACGGUUUGAACAAACGACGGUGUGCCGCCCUAUAGCUCUGCCAAGAGCUCCCGUCUAGAAGACGAAGCAUUCCCCUACAAAUCACGAUACGCAACUUCUGUAGGCUGUAGAAUAAAACUGCAUUCUCAGGCGCAAACUUCCGACUGCGUCAGCAGCGCAAUGUGAUCGAUCAUAUUCACUGCUGAUG